UUUGAUGAACAAGGAGAAAUUAGGGCGUGGAGGCUUUGGAACAGUGUAUAAAGCAAAAUCUCGUUCGCUAGGUUACGUGGCCAUUAAAGAAAUAGAUUCAGAAAUAGGUGAAAAAGCUCGAAAGAGGUUUAUAAAUGAGAUCUAA